AUGCUGCCGCCCGCGCCCUCCCGCCUCGGGCUGCUGCUGCUUCUGUGUCCUGCGCACGUCGGCGGACUGUGGUGGGCCGUGGGAAGCCCCUUGGUCAUGGACCCUACCAGCAUCUGCAGGAAGGCACGGCGGCUGGCAGGGCGGCAGGCUGAGUUGUGCCAGGCUGAGCCGGAAGUGGUGGCUGAGCUAGCUCGGGGCGCCCGGCUUGGGGUGCGAGAAUGCCAGUUCCAAUUCCGAUUCCGCCGCUGGAACUGCUCCAGCCACAGCAAGGCCUUCGGGCGCAUCCUGCAGCAGGACAUCCGGGAGACUGCGUUCGUGUUCGCUGUAACAGCAGCAGGUGCCAGCCACGCGGUAACGCAGGCCUGCUCCAUGGGUGAGCUGCUGCAGUGUGGCUGCCAGGCACCCCGUGGGCGGGCCCCACCCCACCCCCCUGGCCUGCCCGGGACCCCUGGCCCCCCUGGCCCCCCCGGCCCCACAGCCUCCCCAGAUGGCAGCGCUGCCUGGGAGUGGGGAGGCUGUGGCGAUGACGUGGACUUUGGAGAUGAGAAGUCAAGGCUCUUUAUGGAUGCACGACACAAGCGGGGACGCGGAGACAUACGAGCAUUGGUGCAACUUCAUAACAAUGAGGCGGGCCGACUGGCGGUGAGGAGCCACACCCGCACCGAGUGCAAAUGCCACGGACUGUCCGGCUCGUGCGCGCUGCGCACCUGCUGGCAGAAGCUGCCUCCGUUCCGCGAGGUGGGCGCGCGGCUGCUCGAACGCUUCCACGGCGCCUCGCGUGUCAUGGGUACUAACGACGGCAAGGCUCUGCUGCCCGCCGUCCGCACUCUGAAGCCGCCUGGCCGCGCUGACCUACUCUACGCCGCAGACUCGCCCGACUUCUGUGCCCCGAACCGGCGCACCGGCUCGCCUGGCACGCGCGGCCGCGCCUGCAAUAGCAGUGCUCCGGACCUCAGCGGCUGCGACCUGCUGUGCUGCGGCCGCGGGCACCGCCAGGAGAGCGUGCAACUCGAGGAAAACUGCCUGUGUCGCUUCCACUGGUGCUGCGUAGUGCAGUGCCAUCGCUGCCGCGUGCGCAAGGAGCUCAGCCUCUGCCUCUGAUCCGCCGCCAGGCUCUCUAAACUGCGGGCAGGGCCGCCUUUGGCACCUGCGGGACCUCUGAACUCCAGGAGGGGGCGCUGUCCAGCCCAGCUUCUUGCUUAAGUCCGUCCCAGGCCUCUGGAAACUGAGGCUAGGCGGCGGGGCUUAAAAAAUAUGCCCGACCACCAGACCCGGGACACCGGAUGGCCCCUCACCCCGAGAGGCGCUCUGGGGGCUUCUGGGGAGACUGCACAGGCCCUCUCUGUCCUUGGCACCCAGAUAGAAACCAAAGAGCCAGUCUCUAGGCCUCUGGAUGCAGGGCUCCUGAGAACUGCUAGCCGUGGGGUGGGUGGGUGAAUUUAGUAUCAAUAAAGAUAUUUAAACCAA